CGGUGCGCGGUGAUGGUGGUGGGGUAGAUUGUUGUUGUUGUUGCUGCUGCAGUCUCCGUCGUCGCCGAGACCUCGCGGUUUCUGUCGGGUUUCGACCACGGGGGAAUCUUCGUGCUUCUUCUUGGAGCAAAGCGUCUCGAUGGAGGAGUCGCCGCGGCUGGAAUUGCUGCGAUUCUCUCUGCCCUCGGAGCGCAGCAAAUCGGUGCGGGUACGCGGAGUACCUCGUGUAUCGACGGAGCUCCAUGACCUGUUUUCGACGGUGGGGCCCAUCUUCUCGUUGCGCCUGACGGACUCGGGUGAGCGGGACGGGUGCCAGCAGGCGUUUGUGCGGUUCUACUCGUUCCGUGAUGCCGCCCGCGCAGCCCGCGUGCUCCACCGCAGACCCUUCGCUGGCAGCAUCCUGCGGGUGCAACAGUGUGUCGACCGCGCCGGGGAUGUGCUGCGGGAGCUGCCACUCAGUCGCCAGUACUGCUGCAACCUCGCCAACUACUACUUUGGCUUCAACGGCUGGUCCAACAGCAUCCUUGGGAACUCGGUGAGCAGAGGAGCGGCUGGGAACACGCUAGUGAGAGGUGAUGCCACGGAGCCUGCCCUCACCGUGAGGGCCGUGUGUGCCGUGGAGGUGCUUGUGCCCGCGUUCGAGAUUGCAGCGCGCGGGUUCGGGGAGGACGAGGAGGUGGUGCAGAACCAAGCGAUGGAGCGGACAAAGUUAGCAAAAAUGAAGAAGAUGGCAAUGGACAAAGCCCUCUCUAACGCCUUCAGCAAGAUCAUCAUUCUGCUGCCAGAAACUGGUCCGGUUGCAGCAUUCUUGGAUUCACGGGUUGAUAAUUGUGAUGACCUCACUGCCGACCAAGAGCUGGAGCUCCUGUGAUGAAGUUUGACAAGCCCCAUGUGUUCUGGAGGGAAGGAGGUGCGGCGUGCAAGCCUGCCUGCUUGACACCGCUGAGUUCGACUCCCCCCCCCCCCCCCCCAAACUGCCCGAGCACCACGACCGUCCCAAGUCACUUGAGCGAGGAUGGCUCUCGGCUUGACACCACGUCCAGGAUAUGGGCGGAAUUUUCACGAGCACGGGCGAGCAGCCGCUCCAUCUUCUCUCUCACCUGUGGGGAGAGAAAGGAAGCACACGUUCGUGCACAGGAUCACGCUUGCUCAGCGGAUACGAACGUUUGCGGCGUGCGUUGGUGUUACUUUUCUGACGUCGUGAACCUCUGUGGGAUGGCUGGGAAUGUCACUGUGCCUUGGCAGAAAAUUACAAAAAAAAAUCCUCCUACAGUAAUUUAUAUAUUUUUUAUUCUUUCCGGCUUAGCUUGAAGCGUUGUUUGCACGAGCUGUCUGUCUAUCCAUCCAUAAUGGGGGGGGGGGCACUAUGAUGCGUCAAAACAUGAACCUGUAGAUUAAAGUUAUGUUGCUGUUAGCGAUUUACCAUUUUGAAAACCAGAUUGGUCAAAGAGUAACCAGGGAAAAAACAACUUGUAAAUAUGCAAAUGGAUUUUGACCCUGACAGGUACCCACGAUCGGCUUCUGUACGGCUAAUAAAAACUAUUGAAGACAAACACUCGUUGUAAAGCUGUACAUAAUCCACGCAUUUCCGUGAUUUUUCAGAACAUGUUAAUGUUUGAUCACGUUCCCCAUUUUAAUCGGUAAAAAGAGUAUACAAAUUGAAGGGCUUUUGCUUUGCUCGUCCAGAUUGUGUCCAAAUAAAACGGCAGCACUUUUUAGUGUCAAUUUAUAACCGAGUAAAUAUUUUACAUAUAUAUUAAAUAAUUGCAUUAAGUUAGUCCUCAGCAGAAUGGAUCGCAUUUAUGCAACUUCAGUUGAAAGGCAACUCAACAGUAUUGGAUGAUAGUUUAAAGAGUGGAAGAUCGAAACUUACAUUUUCUAAAUAUUUGUAUCUUUCAGACUUCAGACUGCUCAUUUAGUAAGAAUAAUGUAUACAGGUUUUGUUAUAUCUUGCGUCUUGUACAAAACGUUUCAUUUUUUUUACUGAACCUGUUUCGAAUAAACGAAAAAUAUGCAUUUUC